AUGCGACACGCCGGCAGUGCAUUUACGCGAUCAGAAUCUCGAGUGCUGGGGUGCUGGACGGCGGGCCAAGUGCCAGCGGAGGCCGUAUUGCACCAGCAUCGUUCGAACACAAUUAUCCUGCUGGUUUCCCCGCACCGUCAUGCAGUCUCAGACGCCACCUCACCUGACUUGGCCAACUUAACCCAGGUAGAUCGGGCCGUAUCAUUGCUCAAACGUAACAUGGUCAAAUCACUGCCAAUUGUGGACCUGUCAUUGGCGAGCUCGCCGGAUACCAAGCCUGAGUUCCUUAGGCAGCUCAAGGAUGCGUUCUUUAAAAUCGGCUUUUUGUACCUGGUAAACCACGGUGUCGAAGAAAAGGCCAACAAGUUGCUGGAAUUGAGCCCUGGACUCUUUGAAGUGCCGCAAGAAGAAAAAGACAAGAUUGAUAUGAUCAAGAACCCCCAUUUCACAGGGUACACUCGACUGGGGGUCGAGCGAACUCAGAAAAAGCUCGAUCUUCGAGAGCAGUACGAUUUCGGUUCAGCCACAACUACGACUUACAAAAAGGGUGAUCCUGAGUGGAAACAAAUCCACGGGCCAACUGCUUAUUUACCCGAUAACGUUUACCCCGGCUACCAGGCUGCCGUGCAGGAGUACCUUGAUGCAAUGAGUGAUCUGUCAGACCGGAUGCUGCGCUUGACUGCAGAAUCCUUGGGACUGAGCCCGGAUGAGUUUGACGAUUUUAAAGGCGAUAUGAAUCGACUCAAAAUCAUCAAGUAUCCCCCACCUCCGAAAGACGGAUCGGCACUGCAGACCUCUCAGGGUGUUGGUGCUCACAAGGACUCCUCUGGAAUGUUUACAUACAUUGCCCAGGAUAAGGUAGGAGGCCUGCAGGUUCUCGAUAGUGAGGGUGACUGGAUCGAUGCAGUGCCAAUUGAAAACAGCUUUGUUGUUAACAUUGCCCAGGGGUUCGAAGCUCUCACCAGUGGCCGUUGUCAGGCAACCACUCACCGCGUAGUGGCCCCCUCAGAUGUCACUAGAUACUCGAUUGCGUAUUUCCAGGGCAUUCGAUUGUCGCUUACACUUGACGAGAUCCGAAAGGAGCAGGAUAUCAUUAACGAAAAGCUUCCUGAUCUACCGGAGGACUUGAGACGACGCGAGCGGGCCACUGCGAGCGAGUUCCUUGAUCCGCGGUACUCUUGCUUUGGAGAGGCGCAUUUGAGAAAUCGGGUGAUCAGCCAUCGUGACGUAUCUGAGGUCUGGUAUCCUGAACUUAACAAAAAGUAUGUUGCUGAGCUCGAAAAGUGGACAUAUCAGAUAUGA